UUUUACAUAUAACGAAUUGUUUAAUUUUCACAUAUUUGUACAAUUUUCCACGUAAAUAAACUCAAAUCAUUAAAUAUACAUCGUUAAGGUACCAUUUAUUACACAUUUUGCACUUGAUUACGCGAAUAAUCCAAAAUUUGAGUGAAAUUCUCACGACAAUGGACGUAAAAUGUGAGCCAGAAGGUAGCAAUUGCAUCAGGCUUCUUGAAAAUUACAGUUGCAGUAAUUGCAAUUUCGGAACUACCCUUCAAGUGGACCUAUUUUGUCACUUGAAAGCCAAAAAAGACUUCAAAGUGAGGUGUUACACGUGUAGUAAAUGCAAAUUCCGGACAUUCUCACUCCUGUGUUGGUUCAAACACAAUUACGAUUAUUGUCCGUUUGUGAAAGAGCACACACGGAGAAAACUAGCUAUGCAGUGCCCCCAUUGUUCGUUUAAAGCCAAGCAACAAGCCCACGUUGAAAGACACAUCAUUGCAAAGCAUACAAACCCUGAGGAUAUUCAGUGGUUCAAAUGCAAGCUUUGCGACUAUAAAGGGAAAAUAAAGUAUGCUUUAAAUCUGCACAUGAAGCUGAAACAUACGACAGAUAACGAAGCGGAAUGUUUCAAUUGCGGAAUGUGUGAUUACAAAUCAAAGAGUAAAAGGAAUGUUAAAAGACACACUUUUACGAAUCACACAGCACCUGAGAAGAUAGUUUGGUUUAAAUGCAGUUAUUGUGAACACAGAACUAGAUUUCUAAAUAAGUUAGAUAAUCACAUUGUUGUGAAACACAGGUCACCCCAACCGGUCCAAAAGUGGCACAAGUGCACAAUGUGUGGUUACAAAUCGAAAGUAGAAGUGUAUUUAUUUAGGCAUUAUAAAACCGUUCACGGGGCGUAUGUCUUAGAGAGUCAUCAGUAAUGUUUGGUUUAUUUUUUUUUUCUCUUUAAAACACCCAAAAAUUUUUCGAAUCAAUUUUUAUUCACUUAUUAUCUAACACAUCAAUUAGUAAUGAGUACACUAAUGAAUAGGUCGAAAAUAAUAUCGACAAAUUUCGGAAUAUUUGAGACAACUUUGUGUAAAAUCACAAAAAGUAUACAAAACUCGCGCCCCAGAGAAAAAUAUCAAGUAAGACAAAAAAAAAUACGAGGAACAUGGACGCAAGUUCUGAGAUACCGGGUGAUCAAGAAUGACGUUUGAGUUGGCAAUGCUGAUUUCAUGCGUGCAAUUAAAUUAAGUUGGCAACAUUGUCGAUUUGCAUUAGAAAGCUGACGUUUUAGUCAAAAAGGUAAAAAAUCACUUUUUAUUAAUAAAAACUACAAUUUGAGUAUGUUUUAAAUAUCACUUAAUUACAAUUAAUAAAAUUCCCACUUAUUAUGAAA